AUGACAGAGAGCAAAGCUUCGAAGUCUUAUAUGGUACUACCUUCAAAGGCAUUUUACGAAGAAUUAAAUUCUGAAGUAACUGUUAAAGUUGAACAACAAUGGGAAAAAAUAAAAGAUUUAAUAUUACAAUAUCCUAAGGUUAAGGAUAUUUGUGACAAACUUAAAAGAAAUUUAGAUAGUAUGGACAUUAAGCCUCAAUCAGAUCUCAUAAAUAAAAAACGUUGUUAUGACUUGAAUUAUUGGUUACUUGAAGAAGUAUCUAAUAAACUUAAUAUUAAAGAAGAUCAUCCUGAUUUUUAUGACAUUAUUGACAAAAUCCAUAUUGUAUGGAAAGAUAUAAAUAAUGGAUUAAUAUAUAAGUCUAAUAUAUGUAUGCCUGAUUCAACUUUAAUGGACAUGGAGGUUCUAAAGCAAUUUAAGGAACUUUUUGAUUAUGUGGAAGAUUAUAAAACAAAUUUAGUAGAAGCUAUUUAUCGUACCUCUUCCGCAUGUGAAAAAAAUAUAGGAUAUCUUAAUCGAAUUAUCCCAAUGUAUUAUGCAAACAAAAGCUUUUGUACUAAUCCUGAGACUAAUAUAUGCAAUAAAUAUAUUGACAAUUAUGAAGAAUAUGAUCCAAAAAAUAUAGGAAAGUAUUUAAAAUGGACUGACGUAUUUUGGAAAAUAAUGAUGUAUCCUUGUUACCAGAAAGUUAUAAAGAUAUCCCUAAGUGCACAAACACAACCACAACGCGUAGAUGUAAAAUAUAGAGCACCUAAGAAAGUUGAAACAUCUGUAGUUGCUCCUCUUCCCAUUAGUGAACCCUAUGUUCAAGAUCAAGUUACAAAGGAAAGCAAAAAUUCUCCUACAAAUCAUUUUUUAAUUAUUUUAAUUGUUUUUACUUUAGGGCAAUUAUUGGCCUUUUUAUUAUUAUAUAAAAAAACCCAUGAUGCGCACCAAAGGAAAAAUAAGAAAAAAACUUGGAAUAAUGAUUUCCAUGAAGAUGUAUUAUUAAUUGGGGAUACAGAUUCAUUACAAAGUGACAAUUCACAGGAUAGCUCAUAUAUUCUACAAUAUCAAAGUUUUUAA